CAACGGCAACAGCGGCAGCCUCUAUCUAUCUAUUUUUAUUCACAAAGUAGAUGCAGUUUCUUGAAAUAGAAGGAAGUUGGAGAGAUGGCUUCUGUCCUUUUCUUCUCCCAAAUUGCCCCAAUCUCUGCUUGGAAUUCCACUUCUUCCAAAACCCUAAUUUGCAUCACAGCCCCUCAUGGAAACCCUAAACGCCUUUCUCUACACCGAAGGAUUUCACGCUCUCAGAUUAUCUGUGCCUCUGGGAAGGACUUCUCGGGCUCUCUCCCUGAUGGCGACACCAACCCAAGCAACUUCUGCAUUAUAGAAGGACCGGAGACUGUCCAGGACUUUGUUCAGAUGCAGGUUCAGGAAAUUCAAGAUAACAUAAGUAGUCGGCGGAACAAGAUCUUUCUCCUAAUGGAAGAGGUGAGGAGACUACGAGUGCAGCAACGCAUAAAGAGUGUGAAAGUUUUUGAUGAGAAUGGCGAGGAGGAGGCAAAUGAGAUGCCUGACAUGCCAUCAUCUAUUCCUUUUCUCCCUCAUGUGACGAAAAGGACAUUGAAGCAGCUCUAUCUGACAAGCUUUUCAUUUAUAUCUGCAAUUAUCAUGUUUGGGGGUCUUCUUGCACCAACACUGGAGCUGAAAUUGGGUUUAGGAGGUACCUCAUAUGAAGAUUUCAUACGCAGCAUGCAUCUGCCAAUGCAAUUGAGUCAGGUCGAUCCUAUCGUGGCAUCCUUUUCAGGUGGGGCAGUGGGUGUGAUUUCUGCCUUGAUGUUAAUCGAAGCUAACAAUGUUGAGCAACAUGAGAAGAAAAGGUGUAAAUAUUGCAAUGGAAAAGGAUACUUGCCCUGUGCCCGAUGUUCUGCAAGCGGGGUGUGCUUGAGCAUUGAACCCAUUUCAGUGUCCAGCGCAUCUGAUCGCCCUUUGAAAGCACCCGCAACUCGUAGAUGUCCAAACUGUUCAGGGGUUGGAAAGGUAAUGUGCCCUACAUGCCUGUGCACUGGAAUGGUAAUGGCGAGCGAACAUGACCCACGAAUUGAUCCAUUCGACUAAACUUAAAGAGUGGAGCCCUUCAUUAAAGCGAUGUAAUUCUCUUGUUUUUAAGCUCGUGGACAAAUGCGACUAAUCUGGGUUUGACUCCUGAUAAUCAGGGAUAGGAUUAUGAGAAACCUCAGAUGAAAAGAAUUUUCUUUUUUCUCCAUUUCAUAUAAGUUGGUGAAUGCUAAGGGUUUAUCAUUCCUAUUUCAAAUGAACUCAAAAUAAUGCAUCA